CCCACCACUGCAUACUAGUUUGCAAGUUGCUACAAUUCUCCUCAUAAGGUCCUUUGUUUUGGAGGUGAUCUAAACUAGUUUUAAAUUUCCGGAAAGAAGAAAAGGCUAUCACAACGCAUAUAUGUUGAUAUUCUUUCUUGCUACUAGUAUCAAUGUCGUCAUUUUGUGACGAAACACGUUAAAUAUUGGGGUUAGUCAGGCGAGCUAAAUAAGUAGUAAAUUAAAAUUUAAACUGUUGUUGUCAAUAGUUUUCCUGUAGCACAAGCAGUGACUGCAACCGGUGGGUUGAUAUAGUAACUUUGAAACUGCAAGAUUCAAGAAAAUUUGUAAAGAAUGAAAUACUUGUUCAACCAUGGAAGGAUUAAGGAUGGAAGUUGAAUCUCUUUCUGCCGAGGAGGACAAUGCUUUGCUGAAAUUGAAGCUUCUGACAAAUGAAGAAGCAACAGAAGAAGCCGCUUCCUCAAAAGAAGAGUCUUCACUUUCCAUCACUGAUUUUAAAGCUGCAGAAGAAAAACAAGAAAAGAAUUAUGAUAAAAUACCGAAAACUGAGAACCCAAUUGUUAGAGUGAAAACAGAGCAACCUUGUGACCCACCACAGGAUGAUAUUAUUUCGAUGUUCAGCAGAAACGAUGAUGAAGCCCUUCAUUGUCUAAAUCUUGGUGUUAUGAAUUUGAAAAAAGAAAAUGAACCAGAAGAAGAAUUACAACAAAUUAACUGUGAGUUAGAAGUUUUAUCAGCAACAGAAGAAGCCGCUUCUUCAAAGGAAUCAUCUACACUUUUCAUCGCUGAUUUUAAAGUUGCAGAAGAAAAACAAGAAGAGAAUUAUGAUAAAGUACCAAAAGCUGAGAACCCAUUUGUCAGAGUGAAAACAGAACAGGAUGAUAUUAUUUCGAUGUUCAGUAGAAACGAUGAUGAAGUCGUUCAUUGUACACAUCAUGGUGUUAUGAAUUUGAAAAAAGAAAAGGAACCAGAAGAAGAAUUACAGCAAAUUAACUGUGGGUUAGAAGUUUUAUCAGAAACAAAAAGUUAUCAAUCCCUGAGAACAACUGAUGGUGAUGUGUUUGGUAUAACAUUAUCAAGGGAAAAUCACCAAGAAAGGCAUAAAAUUCCUCAUAGUGGAGAUAAACUGUACAAAUGUGUUACGUGUUGCAUGGAAUUCGAAACAAAUAGUGAGCUAAAAAAGCAUAACAAAAUACAUGGGCAGAAAUCGUACAACUGCUUAGUGUGUGGCAAAAACUUUCCAAAAAAGAGUCAAUUAAAACAACAUGGGAUGAUACACACUGGUGAGAAUUCUUUCAAAUGUGAAAUUUGUGGAAAGACAUUCGUGACAAAUCGUAGCUUACAACAACAUAACAUCGUACACACCAGGGAAAUAUUAUACAGCUGUGAAGUGUGUGGUACAAAAUGUUCAACAAAUAGGGAAUUAAAAGUGCAUCAUAAAAUACACAUUGAUGGGAAAUACAAUUGUACGAGGUGUGGAAAACAGUUUGGUAGUUAUGUUGCUGUAAAAAAACAUGAAAAAAUACACACACUGGUGAAAGGUAACACUUGUUUAGUAUGUGGCAAAAAAUUUGUAAGAAGUAGUGAACUAAAAAUACAUGAGAGGACACACACUGGGGAGAAACCUUACAGUUGUGUAGUAUGUGGGAAAACAUUUGUGUGUACAAGUACUCUUUACAUGCAUCAACGGAUACACACUGGUGAGAAACCACAUGGCUGUGAAUUGUGUGGUAAACAGUUUGUAAGUAAAAGUAGUCUUAAUUUGCAUCAGAGGAUACACACUGGAGAAAAACCGUACAGUUGUGAAGUGUGUGGCAAAACAUUUGUUAGUAGUAGUAGUCUUAAAACACAUCAGAGGAUACACACUGGAGAGAAACCAUACAGUUGUGUAGUGUGUGGCAAAAAAUUUACUUGUAAAAGUAGUCUUAAUUUGCAUCAGAGGAUACACACUGGAGAGAAACCAUAUAAUUGUGUUGUGUGUGACAAAAAAUUUAUGUGUUUAAGUAGUUUUUAUAUGCACAAAAGGAUACACACUGGAGAGAAACCAUACAAUUGUCAAGUGUGUGGCAAAACAUAUGUAAGUAGUAGCAGUCUUACUAUGCAUCAGAGGAUUCACACUGGAGAGAAACCCCACAGUUGUGAAUUGUGUAGCAAAAAAUUUGCAAGUAAAAGUAGUCUCAACUUGCAUCAUAGGAUACACACUGGAGAGAAACCUUACAAAUGUGAAGUAUGUGGCAAAACAUUCACAUGUAAAAGUAGUCUUAAUAUUCAUCAUAGGAUACAUACUGGAGAGAAACCAUUCAGUUGUGAUGUGUGUGGCAAAACAUUUGUUUAUAGUAGUAGUCUUAAAACACAUCAGAGGAUACACACGGGAGAGAAACCAUACAGCUGUGUAGUUUGUGACAAAACAUUUAUUCGUAAGAAUAGUCUUAAUCUGCAUCAAAGGAUACACACUGGAGAGAAACCGUACUGCUGUGUAGUUUGUGACAAGAAAUUUGUGUGUAUAAGUAGUCUUUAUAUGCAUAAAAGGACACACACUGGAGAGAAACCAUACAAUUGUCAAGUGUGUAGCAAAAAAUUUGUAAGUAGUAGUAGUCUUAAUGUGCAUCAGAGGAUACACACUGGAGAGAGACCAUGCAGUUGUGCAGUGUGUGGCAAAAAGUUUGUAAGUAAAAGUAUUCUUAACAUACAUCAGAGGAUACACACUGGAGAAAAACCAUACACUUGUGAAGUAUGUGGUAAUACAUUCGUUAGUAGUUGUAGCCUUAAAACACAUCAGAGGAUACACACUGGAGAGAAACCGUACAGUUGUGUAGUGUGUGACAAAACAUUUAUAUGUAAAAGUAGUCUUAAUGUGCAUAAGAGGAUACACACUGAAGAGAAACCAUACUGCUGUGUAGUUUGUGACAAGAAAUUUGUGUGUAUAAGUAGUCUUAAUGUGCAUCAGAGGAUACACACUGAAGAGAAACCAUACAAUUGUGAUGUGUGUGGCAAGAAAUGUGAAAGUAAGUGUAAUCUUAAAAUGCAUCAAAAGAUACACACUGAGAGUAAGCUUAUAAUUUAGAGAUGUGUGUCAGAAAUGUUUAAGAGAUUGUGAGCUCAAAAUAAAUACCAUAUUUCACCCUUUAA